AUGUCCGUCUUUCCCGUGCACAGUGCUGCCACGGUUGGCUUUUCUACCGCUAAUGCGGAUCGGUAUGAUCGAGCGAGGCCUGAGUAUCCCAUCGAAUGUGUUAAACUGCUACUCGAGAAGGUCAAUUUUCCACCGUCGAAGUCUGCAGACGCGGUAGUCCUCGAGUUGGGUGCAGGAACGGGAAAGUUUACUAGGACGUUGGAGAGAACGCUGAACGGUACGGCUGCCACAAUCAUCACGUCAGAACCCGUAGAGGGUAUGAGACAAAAGUUAAUAUCCUCAAUUAGCGGAGACACUAAGGUUUUACCUUGUUCUGCUGAAAAUAUCUCACUUGGCGAUGAGACAGUGGACUUGGUGGUUGCUGCUCAGUCAUUUCACUGGUUUGCGAAUAAUACAGCACUAAAUGAGAUGCACCGCGUGUUGAAACCAGACGGCCAUCUUGCAUUCAUUUGGAACAGUAUGGACCAAGAGGUCAAAUGGAUUGCAGAGCUGGAAACAAUUUUGGAUGCUUACUAUACACAAGAUGUGCCACGUCAGCUAGCUAUGAAAUGGAAAGGUGUGAUCGAUGCGUUCAAUGGAUUUGAAGUCUUGCAGUCGGUCGUUCUUCGUAAUAUCAACCCGACAGGACCAUUACAAAUGAUUGUUGAUAGGAUACUGUCUGUUAGUGUGGUUGCACGUCAGAGUGACAAAGAGAAAGAAAAGGUGGCCAAGCGAGUGACCGAAGUGUUGGAGAAUCAUCCAGAUACAAGAGGACUGGCGACAUACACGCUACCUUAUCGUACAGACAUUUACUGGUAUAAUAAGACAUGAGACAAUAGACUCAUAGUAUACUACGUAUUAUUCUCUUGUUAUCUUUUACUACUCCCUCUAACAUGAAGCAUGGUAAGCAUGGUAUAACUCAAACGGCUUU